AGCACUCACCAGCGGACAACAUGGCUUGCAAGGUGAUAAUUUUCUUGGCGGCUCUGUCGCUGGCCCAGGCCGGUUACCUGGGAGCACCUGCAGUCCUCGCCCCCGCCGCCCCCAUCGCUAGGGCCUACGCCCCCGCUAUCGCCGCCGCCCCCAUCGCAAGGGCAUAUGCCCCAGCCAUCGCUGCCGCCCCUAUCGCCAGAGCUUACGCUCCAGCGAUCGCAGCUGCCCCCGCCAUCCGCGCCGCACCCGUCGCCGUGGCCGCCGCCGCCCCCGCCGCCGUCGCUGCCGAGUACGACCCACACCCAGAGUACAGCUUCGCCUACAACGUACAGGACGCGCUGACGGGCGACUCCAAGACCCAGCACGAGAGCCGCAGCGGUGACGUCGUCCAGGGCAGCUACAGCCUGGCCGAGCCCGAUGGCUCCAUCCGCACCGUCGACUACACCGCCGACCCCGUGAACGGCUUCAACGCCGUCGUGCACAAGGAGGCCGGCGCCCAUCCCGCCGUUGCCGCCGCCCCCGCCCGUGUGGCCGUCGCCGCCCCCGCCAUCGCCGCCGCGCCAGCGCUGGCGUACGGUGCCGGCCUCGGCUACGGUUAUGCUAGAGCAGCCUACGCCGCCCCCGCCAUUGCCGCCGCCCCCAUUGCUAGGGCAGCCUACGCCGCCCCCGCCAUCGCCGCUGCCCCUAUCGCCAGGGCUGCCUACGCCGCCCCCAUCGCUAGGGCUGCCAUUGCUGGACCCGCUCUGGCUUAUGGAGGAUACGGAUACGGUGGUUUGGGAUAUGGCAAGGCUAUUCUUGGGUAAACGCUAAUGUACAAACUAUUCAUUCGCAUUUUCGCGAAUGUUUCUAUUAUUCUACACUUUCUGUGUAACAAAGUCUGAUAUGUAAAUAAACCGCUGUUCACUUUAAA